AUGAGACCCCAGACAGCAAGCACAUUUGCCGCCACUGCGCGAUGGAGCAUACAACCCGCCGCUGCUACGCCUGCAAGCGCAUACGGAAGAGCUGCAUCGUAUAGACGGAUAUCAACACUACCAAGAACAUCGCAAGUCUCCUCCACACGCACGUCACUACCUUCCACAUCCACACCCUCCUCCCAACGCUUCCUCCGCAGCGAAUUCUUGCCCCAAGAUGUCCUCUUCCGCACGUCAUCCGCAUACGCCCGCCACUUCUCUUCUCGGCCCGCCCUGUACGAGCAAGCGCAAAAGCAAAAAGACGUAAAGGACCAAGAGCCUGACCCCACCAAAUCAACAGCCUCCCAGGGUAGCACCUCAGAGCAGGCUGCAGGCGACCAGGCAAAGAAAGAGGGCGAGGAAGCCAAGGAGAAGAAGGAGAAGAAGGACGGAGAGGAAGAAGCUGGUGAACAGAAGGAGGGCGAAGAGGGCCAGAAGAAAGAGAAGAAGGAUGCGCCCCCACCUCCACCCCACGGCGACAAGACACCAUGGCAGGUCUUCACCGAGACCUUGAAGCAAGAGUUCCAGGCCUCGAAAGACUGGAACGAGGGUACAAAGCAGUUGGGUGGUGCGCUGCACGACUUCCAGCAGAACCCAAACGUCCAGAAGGCUGGCCAGAUCUCUGAAGCUGCCAAGACAAAGACCACAGAGGCAUUGAAGGCGACGGCAUCAGCUGUUGGUCACGGUGCGGCGUGGACAUGGGACACUAUGCCCGUCAAGGGCGUUCGUGCUGCUGCGAGGGUCACUGGUACCGGACUUGAAUACGCAACUCGGCCAGUCCGACAGACCAAGGCCUUCCAAGCUGUGAAGGAAACAAUCGACGAUGGCAGCUCGUCAAGAUACGGCGGUUGGGUCGAGAAGGAAGAGCGCAGGAAGAGGCGAGAGCUGCGCGAACUCAACGAACUCCAGCGGACUGGCGGUAAACCCCUGGGCCCAAUGGAGGAGGACCCAAAUGCUGGCACAAACGUUACCCUUCACAAAGACGCCAAGUACAAGGAAGUCUGGAGAGAAUGGAAGGACAACUCCAAGCUUGCCCAAGGCUUCUUCAACAUGAAGACCGUCUACAGGGAGUCCGACAACGCCAUCAUCGAGACCGCUCGCAGUAUCUCCGACCGCAUCACCGGCUUCUUCGCCGAAAACGAGACGGCCAUGGUCAUCAAGCGAUUCAGAGAAAUGGACCCCAACUUCCAAAUGGAGCCCUUCCUGACCGAGAUGCGCGAAUACAUACUCCCAGAAGUCCUGGACGCAUACGUCAAGGGCGACAUUGCCGUCUUGAAGGAGUGGCUAUCAGCAGCGCAAUACUCAGUAUACGCAGCGCUGAUGCAACAAUACCAGGCCGCUGGCCUCAAGUCUGACGGAAAGAUUGUCGACAUUCGUGGCGUCGACGUCCUGAACGCGAAACUGCUGGAGCCAGGAGAGAUCCCCGUCUUCAUCCUUACCUGCAGAACACAAGAAGUGCACGUCUACCGCAACGCCAAGUCCGGAGAACUGGCCUCCGGCAUGGACGACAAGGUCCAGCAAGUCACAUACGCCAUUGGUGUCACCAGGAUACCAGAAGACGUCAACAACCCCGAGACACGAGGAUGGAGAUUGAUCGAGCUGCAGAAGAGUGCCAGGGAUUACUACUGA